AUGCCAGCACUCAGUAGGAGAAAAUUAACUGAAAUUGAAGAAGACAAACAUUCGAACCGUAACAUUGACCACUAUUUCAAUCCUGUCAUUCCCAUUCGUCGUGAACGACAAGAAAAUGACUCAAACGCAAUAAGUAGCUCCCAAGGCCAGCAACGUCGUGCAGUUCGAAGGCGUAUAGAGAAUGACACUGAUGAUGAGGAAGAGAAUGUGCAACAGCCGGUUCAAAAAUUUCAAGCAACAGCAAGUUCGCUCAAUCACCCUAAAGCAGCCGUUCUGAGCAGUAUAGAUAAUCGGGAAACUCCUGCAUUACGUCCAUCGAGCUCAAAAGGAAGCGAUGUUAUACGUAAAACUGAAAAUAAUGAAGAUAACGCUGAUAAAAGCAAUGAGAACGACGUAACAGAUGAGAAUUCAGUCGCUGAAGCACCUUUGACCAAACGCCGAGUUAUCGACGAGAACGCAGAUGUGACACCUCCCCAUACACCAGGCAAUGAAAGUAGAAAAGUUCCUGUUCUCGUAUCAUUGUCCGGUUUAACUGGUGGUAUCUAUGAUAAAAAACCCGGAGCAGCAGCAAGGGCCACAGACAGUGGUUAUGCAGAAGACAACGAUAACAAUAGCACAGGUGGUGACAAUAGUAUCCUAAAUGAAAACCUUAGUUGCGAUAAGGAUGAUGACGAAGCUGGCGAAGCUGGCGAAGAUGACGAUCUCAUUGAUUUAUUUCCAAAAACGAAUACAACAUCAAUUAAGUAUAAGCCAAUAGUGAUAACGCAAAAUGACUUAGUAGAUAAUGACAGCAGUGAUACUGAUAGCGUUAAUAACGCUCAAAAAGACUACUUUACACGAAGAGCAAGAUCACUAUCACCAAAUCCUUAUUGUUUCAGAGAGAAUAGUAAUGGAAAUGCAUCAUGUAGUAUUAAUUUCUUCGAAGAAGAAGAUGAUGAAGAAACAGGGGAGAACACGGCUUCGUCACCAUUUGUACCCUCUGACGCAGAAUUCUCCAUUUCAGUCAUUGAACCUAUACCAAAUUUAAAUCAUUUACAACCACAGCGCCCUACUCUAUCUGCAUUGAAAGACAGUACAAAUACUUUACUUACUGGUCAUACCUUAUCACCGGCUGAUUCAGAUUCCCCUAGCCAAGUGCACGUGCCUUUAGCAUUUCCGCGUGGAAAAAACAUUUUGGAGAAACUCGGUUUAGAUGAUAGACAGAACGAUGAUGACACUGAUGAAGAUGAAGAAUCGCCAGGUCAAGUGGAGAAGCUCGAGGCUGGCAAUUUAACGGAUGACGAUGAUUUACCUUUGGAUUUUUAG